AUGAGUGACCGGAAACGACCGUGUCCCAAAGAGCAGGAUAUAGAUGCAGAUUGUCCUUUCACUAUCGUCUACAAGGCCAACCCUCCACGCGCUGAAGAGAAACGAGAAAAGGAAAAAAAUGGAAAAACGUGCACGCGCCGGGAUCGACAUGAUUCCAAGCACUUUCAACUCCAAACGUUUGACUUCCCACGUACGAGUGCCUUCAAGGCCAUGGAUGUUUACUACGUCGUACAGCCGAGCAAUCGGUGGCUUGGCAUGACACGGUAUAAAAACUUUCGAAAUGGAUUUACAUGUACCACCGGGGAUUUUGUCGUCGUUGCCAAUGAACAGAGCAUCAAGCGGCAAUGUACCGAGAACCACGUACAGGACGGAAACUCCAAGCUGCACGAUGAUCAUUGGAUAGCGCAGGUCCUUGAGAUCAGAGCUUUGGAUACAUUUAACAUUUACGCGCGUGUAUCUUGGAUGUACAGGCCACACGAUAUCCCCCCGGCACUUUACGAGGCAGGACGAUAA